CUUUCUUUUAUAAUUGAAGAGUACUCCCCUCCCUGAUCAGUCUACUAUUUUUAUAUAAGCUUCAUUAUGAUUAUUCCCGUCCGUUGUUUUUCUUGUGGUAAAGUCAUAGGUAACAAAUGGGACAACUAUUUAUCACUUUUACAGGCUGAAUAUACAGAAGGAGAAGCGUUAGAUGCUCUUGGACUUAAGCGAUACUGCUGUAGACGUAUGGUGUUGACACAUGUUGAUUUAAUUGAAAAACUUCUACAUUAUAACCCUCUGGAACGUACAAGAGAUCGCGGACGUAAUUAGAAAGGCUUUGAAACGGAAGAGAGAGAAAAAGAAACCAUCCAGCUCAAUAUAAACGAUUGCGAAAUGAACCAAUUCAAAAAAAAAAAACAUUCUAAAUAUAAUCAAUAAACCAGCAUAUUCAUUGGAGCAGCACGUUGAGAUUGCGUUUGUUUUUAUAGUAAUUAUUAUUAUGUAUGAAGCUGGGCUGAUUUCAGCAAUUUAUGACAGUGGAUAAUAUAGGAUGAUACCAAUGUAUAGCAGAAGCUUGUUUAUAGUUGCGCUAAAUAGAUAAAGGAGAUUACUUCAAGUAUAUUUUAAGAGGGGGUCGCGUUACAGCUAGUUUGAAUGCGACCAGUUAACAGCCUUGCAGUUUAGAACCCUCUGUAUAUAUAUGAUAUACGUUUUUCAAAAAGAGAAGUAAUCGGUUGGGC